CAAUGGCUAUGGCGUCUCACUGAGACCGUGGCCACCCUACACUCCACGUUUCUCCCUUCCUUGUCGUGUCUUCGCCCUGCCCCAGGCACCGAGCUUUUUGCCCAGCUGGGUUUGGUGCUGUUUCGAGAAUUUACGGACAUUUGGUAGUAUUCGGGGUAGGACAGCAGAGUGUGGCGAGCACGAGAGUCUAGAGUUGAUUUAGCGCUUUGGAAGCGGAGGAACAGCGUUUUUCAUUUGGGUUUUUUGUGUUGUUCAGGUUGUUUUGAGGGUUGUUCAAGUGGGUUUUUAUUAUUUUAUUUUGUUUUUAUUUUAUUGAGGAGGAAAAGGUUUUUGGAAUUAGGGCUGAUUUGAGUGGGGAUUGCGUUGUGGGUUGCACUCCUGGGAGUGCGAGGAUGGGGUUUGAUUUCGGUAGAGGAGGGAGGGUUUGUGAUGACAAGAUCUCCGAGGGCGUGGAGCUGUGCCCGUUCUUGAGGAACAUUGGUGUGACGACUAGCUUUGCCUUCUCCAAUCUGAAGUUCCCUGUUCCUGCUCCUACGAGAGCAGGCCGCGGUCCAAUUUUCGAGGAUGGGCCAGGUUUUGAGAACUCCUUUCGCCUGUUCCACGGCAAGGAUGGUGUCGUGCCUUUGAAACGGGCGUCGGGAGAGCAGAACGCGCGGUCAUUCACUGAGACACUUGACGCGGAGGAUCUGAGUUUCCAUCCGUUGUCUGCUCGCGCUGCCACCAUCAGCUUGUCGUCGUUCGGAGCAGGGGGGCCAUUCGGAUUUGAUGGGUUCAUGGCAAGGCAGAAUGCGAAGAAGCCGAAGGAGAAGAAGCCAAAGAAGGAGACGGAGCCUGAGAAGAAGCGUCGGUCGAAAUUGGAGUCUCAUAUGCACGAGGCGAUGGGGAGCGAAUGGCUAGCGACGGGGCAGUGCCCGAUCGCAAAGUCGUUCCGCGCCGUGAGUGGCGUGUUACCGCUGGUGUCAAAGCUGUUGCCAAAGCUGCCGCAAGGAAUGAAGUACAGGUGCCCGCCAGCGAUAGUGGCAGCGAGAGCGGCGCUGGCUCGAACGGAAGCAGUGAAAGCACUGAGACCGCAAGCGCUGCCAACAAAGGUGUUAGCAAUCGGGAUGGUAGGAAUGGCACUGAACGUGCCGCUGGGAGUGUGGCGAGAGCACACGAAGAAGUUUUCUCCGCAAUGGUUUCUGGCUGUGCAUGCGACGAUCCCGUUCAUCGCAAUGCUGAGGAAAGCGGUGGUGAUGCCGAAAUAUGCGAUAGCGUUCACAAUAGGGUCUGCAAUACUGGGUCAGGCAGUGGGAGCUCGUGCUGAGAGGAUUCGUUUAGCCAAGCUCAAAUCCUUAGAUGAGCAGCCCCAAGAGACAUCUAUGGAUUCCCAGGUGUCCGAGUCUUUACCCAUGUCAUCAACCAUCCAUUUUUCUUCUGUUGUCUCGGAAUCGGCUAUCGAAGAUAUUCCGAAAGAGAACAAGGAGAGGUUGACUCCUGUCCCUCUCACUUUGCAAUGUAGUUCGGAGAGCCUUUCUGACCGCUCCAUGAGUUCCUUUUCGUUACCUGUGAGCGUGAGCUGAUUCCUCGUAGAUUUUCUAACAUGGCCCUGUCGGUAGUCUUAGUUGUCUUCUUGACUUCUGAAUGCAUCGUAUCGAGGUGUAUAGAAGGUUAAGAGUGGGUAUAGUUAGAUACUGGUGGGGAGAUUCAUACCGUAGUUGCAAAUGAUGCAUUUCAUACGUGGCUCAGAGUCACCAUCUGUGUCAUCCAAUAAUUUUUCGACCCUUGGGGUUUGACUGGUCAUGUUUCACUGGCAUUUGACCUCCGUACAACAUCUGCAUUUGUACCAUAUCUAUUAUAACUUCGAACUGAAGUGGUAGAAUUGCUACAUUUCUUUGGUCAUGUGUUUAUCAAAAUUUAUGGAUUAGUUUCAUAAGCGUAGACAGAAGUAUGGGUGUACCCCGCCAGCUGCCCUGUACAUUCAUAUGAAGAUUCGGAGUGCAUAAUACUGUAGGGAAUACUGGGGCGACGUUGGCUUUGAACGUGUUGGAUACGCAUCAGUGGCUCAUGGUGUUGGAUGCAUGCAGUUCUAGUAGUAGACAAUGCAUCAGACGACACGAAAACUAUGGGUCAUAAGUCUUCAUGAGAUUUUUAUACUUUGAAGCUGACCAAGAAAAAUCAAGAAAACACGUCGCUUCUUGUAAACUCUUGAUCCGGCCCGACUGCUACACCAUUCCAUGAAGGUUCGUGAGUUUGUAAGGCAUGACGCCUUCCCUGUAUCAAAGUUCAAAGAAAGAGAGAAACCCCUGUGCUCAUUGCUAACAGAGACUAAAUAGAGAGCUUAGAUGAUUAAUAUGUUGCUCUAGAAGAAGCUUUUCUUCCCUCCUAUGCAUUCUGCUCUUAUAGCCAGCCUUUGUGAGAGAUUUCGUUGGUUCAGAAUGGUUGAUUUGUUGCUCUUAGUAUAGUACCUAAAAGCUUUAUGUCAGAAUAUGAUGCUGGUUCGUAUUUCAAUAUGCAGGAAAAUUUGUCUUUA